UAGAAGACACCCAGGGUCCCUUCCAAAUUUCUAUUCUAUUCUAUUCUAUUCUAUUCUAUUCUAUUCUAUUCUAUUCUAUUCUAUUCUAUUCCUUCUAGGAUAGGUUCCAACCUUCCAAUCUAAGAUUUCCUAGUGGUCUCCCAUCCCACGGACUAACAAAGUCCAUGUAUCUAGAACAGUGUAUCUCAACUAUGGCCACUAAAAACUGUGUGGACUUCAACUCCCAGAAUCCCCCAGCUAAUUACUAACGUUCUUCCAUGCCCGGAACAAAGAUGGAUAUUCAGCUUGUUUUUACUUUACUAUUUGGGGGGGGGGGUAAUGUUAUGGGUUCUCCCCUUAUAUUUUCAAUUUUAAGCCCCCUUCAAAGGGUGCUUCCUAAAUUUCAAUAAACUAAUCACCCCAUCCCAGCACAGUCUUCAGCAUGUGGCUGCCACCAGGUAUAGACUUUGUGCUCAAAUGCUCCUUUCCAUUGCCAGGACUGUGGGUGUGUGUCUCCUUUGUGUGGUGGCGCCUGCAUUGUGAUGUCAUCUGUGAGGCAAUUUCUGACUGUUGGGUAUGGACUGUGCUGAGGUUGGUGCUGGGCUAUCUGGGAGGAUCCUUUGGAAACGGCGCCGGGUUCAAGUCCUUCCCCCCAACCCCAUGGAGAAAGCAGCAGAGACUCUUCCGGCGUCCACCCAGGAAAGCUUAAAGAAGGAGAUCGGCCACCUAAAAGAGAAAGUGGCGGGUCGCGAGGCCGAAAACCAGAAGAUCCUGAAGGAAAUAGAGAGCCUCAAACAGGAGAACAAGAAUUUGGACGAGAGGAUCGACUGCUUGACCACCAUGGUGAAGGUCUUGGAAAAGGAAGAGGAGGAACUGCGGGAGCUGCUCCGAGAACGGGAAGACACACGGGCAGACCUGGAGGCCCAAAACCAGACCUUGGCGGAGACCAACAAGGUUCUCCGCUCCGAAAUCCAGACGCUCUCCAACCAGCUGCUCAGAUUUCAGGAUUACAGAGAUAGUCAGGACCAGAAUAUGACGCGCAUGAAGCAGGUGGUGGAACAAAUUGUGGGGUACUUUAAACAGUUGGAGGGGAUGAUUGAGGCGGCCGAGCAGCGUUACGAAGGCCAGAAGACGCAGUCGGCCGAGCUGAAGGGCGCGAUGGAUAAACUCCGGCAGAUCUGCGACGUCCAGGAAAACGAGAUCCUGUGUCUGCAGGAGCAGCUGGAGCCGUUCCCCUUCGACAACUCGGAGACGGACCCCUGCUCGGAGGGUCUCUCCCUGCUCUUCGAGAUGGUGCAGGCCAAGCUGAAGGUAGACCCCCAAGCAAUAAGGGACACCCUCUUUUCCGUCUUAUCCAGGGGGGCCUGGCUGCUGGCCGGUCUCCUCGUGGGCCUGGCGUUUUCCAAAGUGAUGUUCUGCCUGAUGGAGGCUUGGUGCUUCAGAAGGAGAUGCUGACGUUGUGUGACAUUCUCGGGACAGGCAUGGGGCAUCCUGUGCCCGUGAUCACGCCCGGAAGUUGAGACGUUUGACGCCUUUUUUUUUUUUAAAAAAAAAGCAAGAAUCCUGGAGAAGAAUGUAGAAAGCUAGUGACGAAAGGAGGGAAAAAAAAAACCCGUUCCUUUUCGACCUGCGGGAAUCGCCAAUGCAUUUCUGUCAUUCCAAUAAAGAAUGCGCAGGUAUAGAAUAGAUGGUAUCUGGAUCAAGAGUAGCAACUGCGAGACAGGUCUCGGAGUCCUAGUGGACCAUCAUUUAAAUAUGAGCCAGCCGUGUGCUGCAGCUGCCAAAAAAGCCAACACAGUGCU